AUGGAGAAUCAAUCGACAUACAGAGGGAGUGCCAUCUCUGGCAUCUCUGCUGCGACCACACCAAUGCGUCCAGGAACUCCAGAAAGCAGGAGUAAUCCAUUCAGCGAUGACAUCUCCCCCGCGCCUCGAUCAAACCCAUUCGCUUCGCCCUUCAAUUCGAGACCCGCCUCGUCUUUCGGUUCUUCCUCCGCUGUCAGAGCUCUCCCAUCCAGAUAUUUCCAUUCGAGGAGAGUACAUAAGGGAGAGGUAGAGAAGCCCUGGAUGGCAAAGAAGGACCCCAAGGAAAAAUGGGUCACGAUCAUUCCUCUCGUUGGAUUGUUGCUUGGAUUCGGCGUCGCAGGUUUCUUGAUUUACGAUGGUCUGUCAUCUGUCGUACACCACAAGUACUGCCCUGUCAUGUCGGAUGACUUCUCCCAAGGUCUGAAUACGAAUAUUUGGACCAAAGAAGCUGAAGUCGGUGGAUACGGCAAUGGCCAAUUCGAGCAAACGACUUUGGACGACACGAAUGUCUUCGUCUCAGGCGGCAAGCUCAUUAUCAAGCCGACCCUUCAAAAUGCGGAUCUCAUUGAUUCCAAUAGUGUCAUCAACCUGACAGCCGAUGGAACCUGCUCGUCCACCGUCAUCAAGAACUGUGUUUCGCAAACUAACUUGACCACUGGAUCUAUCGUCCCACCUGUUCUUUCCGGACGUGUCAACACUAAGAAAGGAGCAACCAUCAAGUAUGGUCGAGUUGAGGUUACCGCCAAGAUGCCAGAGGGUGAUUGGCUCUGGCCUGCAAUCUGGAUGUUGCCAGUUAACGAGACCUACGGCCCCUGGCCAUUGUCUGGAGAGAUCGAUAUUGUCGAAUCUCGCGGAAACAACCAUACCUAUGCACAGGGAGGAAAUAACAUUGUCUCGUCCGCUCUUCACUGGGGUCCUGAUCCAGCCAACGAUGCCUGGUGGCGCACCAACGUCAAGCGAAGCGCUCUUCACACCACUUAUGCCAAGACAGAACACACUUUCGGUCUUGAGUGGUCUCAAAAGUACCUCUUCACCUAUGUCAACACACGUCUCCUCCAGGUCCUCUACACCAAUUUCAACAAGCCUCUCUGGGAGCGUGGAGGAUUCCCUCUUUCCGACAGCAACGGAACUCGUCUUCAAGAUGUAUGGAGUGAAACCGGCCGCUACCAGACGCCUUUUGACCAGGAAUUCUACCUCAUAAUCAACGUCGCCGUUGGAGGAACCAACGGUUGGUUCGAGGAUGGAAAGAGUGGCAAGCCAUGGCUCGAUGGUUCAACCACUGCCAAGCGGGACUUCUGGUCUCAACGUAACGUCUGGUACCCAACAUGGCAGAAGGAAGGAGCGGGCCAGAUGGAGGUCAGCAAGGUGGAGAUGUGGAAGCAGUGCGAUGGCAAUGAGGACAAUGAAUAG